CCAGCCGCCUCCACCAUGCUGCCUACGUUCAACCCCAAUGAGAUCAAAGGUGUGUACCUGAGGUGCACCAGUGACGAAGUCGGUGCCAUGUCUGCCCUGGCCCCCAAGAUCAGCCCCCUGGGUUUGUCUCCAAAAACGGCUGGUGAUGACAUCGCCAAGGCAACCGGUGGCUGGAAGGGUCUGAGGAUUACAGUGAAACUGACCAUCCAGAACAAACAGGCCCAGACUGAGGUGGCACCCUCUGCCUCUGCCCUCAUCAUCAAAGCCCUCAAGGAAACACGGAGAGACAGAAAGAAACAGAGAAACAUUAAAGACAAUGGCAAUAGCACUUUCCAUGAGAUUGUCAGCAUUGCCAGACAGAUGCGGCACCCAUCUUUAGCCAGAGAACUCUCUGGAACCAUUAAAGAGAUCCAGGGGACGGCCCAGUCAGUGGGCUGCAAUGUCCUAGGCCACCACCCUCAUGACAUAGAUGACAUCCACAGUGGUGCUGUGGAAUGCCCAGCUAGUUAA